CCCACAAUGUUUUCGAUACCACUAGGCAGUAACCCCACUCAGUCUGUAAGGUACUCUGACAACCUUUCCCAUUGACUCAUUGUGAUAGGUGUCACCUCCAGGCCCAUGGGGCUGAUGGCUCCCCUAUGACAGCCUUAGAAGAAGUUGGGACAGGGGCUUCAUUUCUCUUACUGGGUUAUUUGGGUUCCCCAGCCUGUGGUUGCCUCUUUUUGCUCCUUCCUGCUUGUGCAGAUGAGCCUUUUAUGGGUUGAUUGCACUUCUGUGGUGGUUCUGGGAUUAGCCAGGUCAGGGGAUUAUUUGGGUUCGCCGACCUGCCAUUGUUCCUCUGUGUCCCUUUGUGUGUGUGGAGACGAGCUUUUUCCCACAUAGCCUAACAUUUAUGAUGGGCUACUUCUGUAACACUUUCUGGUCUUAUACACCAAGUUAUCCAACAUUUCUAUUUGAGAAAACAGACUCUCAAAUCCAGUUAGAGGAGCAGAUCUUUACUUCACCUCAAAUCCCACAUUUUGUAGCCUUUUCGUCUUAUCUUCAUGUAUAAUUAUAUCAAGGUUAAAAAUAGGGUAGUGUACCAAACCAGUAUAGCUCCUGAUGCCAGUGUCUGAUUAACCUUCUCACCCUUUCUGAUUUGGCUCCUGAAAUAGCAGUGAUUUGCUAGAUUAUCUUGCACCUCCUUUCCAUUCUAAGACGACUGUUUGUAUCAUUGAAACUUUCAGGUUUGUAAAUCAGCCUUUAAGCAGAUUAACAUUUAUAAUUGGCUUGUGGAAAAUUAGAUCCCUCACUUAACUGACACUGAUGUCAAACAUGGACAGGAGCAGAUGGGCAGUGCUGUAAGAGCAACAGGAGGAAGAGGAUCAUUCCUGUAGCAUCAUUCUUCUGACCACGCAUACACAUGGGGAACAAUAGCAGCUCCGCAGUGGAUGAUCUGCAGGCUGUUGAGAUCCACCACUGGUACAAAAAGUUCAUGAUGGAGUGUCCUUCUGGACAGCUGACAGAGCAUGAAUUUAAGCAGUUCUUUGGGCUUCGAGGGCUGGAUCCAGAGGCCAAUGAGUACAUUGAGCAGAUGUUCCGCACGUUUGAUAUGAACAAGGAUGGAUAUAUUGACUUCAUGGAAUAUGUGGCUGCCCUCAGCCUUGUUCUCCGUGGGAAGAUGGAGCAGAAAUUGCGGUGGUAUUUCAAGCUCUAUGAUGUAGAUGGCAACGGCUGCAUUGAUCGACAUGAAUUGCUCAACAUCAUUAAGGCUAUUCGAGCUAUUAAUGGUGGUGACCAUGAAACUAGUGCAGAAGAGUUCACCAACCGAGUCUUCAACAAAAUUGAUGUGAAUGGAGAUGGUGAACUUUCUCUGGAUGAAUUUGUGGAGGGAGCAAAGAAAGACGAGGAGUUCAUGGAGGUUAUGAUGAAAAGUUUGGACCUGUCACACAUUGUGGCCAUGAUCAACAACCGUCGGCAUAGUGUAUAA